AUGAAACCGUCUCGUUUAAAGGACCAUCUUAAUAAGAUUCAUCCAGACAAGGCAUCUAAGGGUACGGCAUAUUUCCAGGCCCUCAAGGAGCAGCACUCCAAACGGAGCAUCUCCAGUCUGUUUGCCCGGAAGGUAGAUAGGUCCGAGAGUGGGUUAGUUGCUUCCUACAACAUAUCUUUGUUGAUAGCGAAGUCCGGCUUACCUUUUACCGUGGGGGAGAGGUUGGUUCUCCCUGCUAUUAAAGAGGCCAUCUCCACUGUCAUGGAGCGGGACCCGGCACCGGUGUUAAAGGCCAUUCCCCACAGCAAUGACAGUGUGGCGCGGAGAAUUAAAGAGAUGGCGCUGGAUACCGAACAGCAGCUGUGUGCCACACUGCGAGAAAACUAUUUUAGUAUCCAGCUGGAUGAGACAACCACUGCAGACAACAAUGUCAUGUUAAUGGCAUAUGUCCGUUAUGUGUGUGGGAGGGAUGUGUCUGAGGACAUACUGUUUGCAAAAUAUCUAUCCACUGACACAAGAGGAGAGACCAUCUUCAACGCCUUGGAUGAGUACCUCCAGGCCAAUUCCAUCCCGUUUGGCAACAUCCUCGCCUGUGCCACGGACGGAGCUCCCGCUAUGGUUGGGAGGUACCGCGGGUUCGCAACUUUGUUAAAGGAGCGUGUGCCAAAAGUGUUGGCAGUGCACUGCGUGCUGCACCGCCACAACCUCGCAUCCAAGGCAAUCAGUCCAUCCCUCCACCAGUCGCUGAACACUGCAGUCAAGGGCAUAAAUAAAAUCAAGGCCCAUGCCCUUAAUGACCGGCUCUUUAGGCAGUUGUGUGGGGAAAACAAUGAGGGCUUUGAGCGUCUGCUGCUGCACACAGAGGUGCGCUGGCUCUCGAAAGGCAACUGCCUGGCGAGGCUGUGUGAGUUAUUCGCAUCAGUCCUAGAGUUCCUCGAAAGGGUGGAUGCAGAGCUCAGGGGUAUGCUGUGGUCCAGCCGUCACGACAUCCACUACCUGGCAGACUUCUUUCAAAAAAUGAAUGAGGUGUCACUGAAGCUCCAAGGAGAGGCUGAGACACUCGUCCGCUCAAAGGCCACUGUCCGCAGUUUAAUUGCCAAACUGGACCUGUACCGGCACAAUUUGGGCAGACGUCAGCUGAACAGCUUCCCUUACCUAACCAAGGUGCUGGAUGACCUGUCAGACAGCCAUCUGCUUCGUUACACGGAGCACUUGAUGGCUGUGAAAGCAGACCUGGAGAUCCGUUUCAGGGACCUAGAAGAACUGGUUGUCCCUGAAUGGGUAACAGAGCCAUUUCAGAUGGAUGCAUGUAGCUGUGAUGUGGCACUCCAAGAAAGCCUUAUUGACCUCCAAAAUGACGAGGAGGCCAAGGCAACGUUUCGCGUCUCUGGGUGGCGCGCCAUGUGGGCUGCGCACGGUGCGCGUUUCCCCCUGCUGUGGGAGAAGACCCGUCUUCUGCUUCUGGCUUUCCCAACCUCAUACCUCGUUGAGCAGGGAUUCAGCCAAGCUCUCCACAUGCAGACGAAGUACCGCAACCGUCUGAAUUUGGUGGACUCCGGUGCACUGCGACUGAAACUGACAUCUCUGCACCCCGCUGUUAAAAAACUCGCAGCAAGCCACCAAGCACAGGGCUCACAUUAA